CACUACGGCCACUACAGAGAUGGCCUUACUCUGGGCUUGCAAUUAGGUCUGGAGUCGUCGGUUGGCAAGAGAAAAACAAAAGGGAUUGACGCAGGAGCGGUGGACGAGAGUGCGGCACACACAGGCGCAGAAGAAGAGAGGAGAGGGGACAGGGAGGAUGGAGUACGCAUCAUAGAAGGAGCUCUCAUAGGUGACCGCGGGAUGGACGACCUGCAGACCGACCUCGCUGCUUGGAACUUGGUGGAUAAUGUGAGUAUUUGCACCUGCAAGCGGCUGCAGGAGCGGGAUGAACUUGGCUUGGUGCGGCCCGAAGACUUCGUUCUGGGCUUCACCACCAGCGACCAGCUGGAGCUCUGGGCAGACCGAGGCGACCGCGCCAUAUGUGUGGACACCUCACAGGUGCGUAUGAGCGGCAGUCCGGCACAGCAGGAGACCUGCGUGAGCGUCACCGCAGUCCUGGCGCUGGGCGAGCGCGGCGACGCCUGUCCCGUGGCGUGGCUCCUCACGUCCUGUUACAGCGAAGCGCUUCUUAAACACUUUUUUAUGUGCCUGCAGGUGGCGUUCGAGAGUUUCCACGGGCGCAGUGUGCCUGUACCGCGCCUGCUGGUGUGUGAGGCGACGUCUCCUGCACAGCGUCUCUGGCAGGAGGUCUUCAAGUGCUCCCUCACCGCCCUUCAGGCCACGUGGUCCACACAUAAGAUUUGGCUGCCUCAACUUCAUAGAAUUACGGACCUGGAAAAACGACUGCAGACCUGGACGAGGUUGUGCUGGAUAUCGCGCACCAGCGACCCUCGUGAAAACGAAGAAGAAUUCGUCACGCUGCUGGAGAGUCUGGCGAGCGACGAGGAGACGCUUGCAUUUUCGCUGCACCUGCAGCAGGAGUGGCUGCCUUCCCUGCAACCGCGAGGCGGGCGACAGAUGCUCGAGAAGAGGUGCCAAGAUGCCUUCAGCACUGGCCUCUACUUGGACGUCUUGCAUAGCCUCCUGCAUUUCCUAUUCGUUGAAGAGACUUUUUCUCUAGACUAUGAUGAAUGCGUGGCGAAGCUGAACUGUUAUUCAACAGCGGUGCUGAGAGCGAUGAAGGAAUCCCCCCCAGCAGCAGUUAGCGUCCCAGGGGCUCCCCGGUGUCGAGCUUCACAGCUCAUAGCUACUCGUCACGCUGAGGCCACCACUCUGGGCCCCGACAGCGUCACGCCCUUGCGGCAACACGAGUGGCGGGUCCGGUGCCACAAGCGUCCCGAUGUCUGGUACUCCGUCACGCGUCUGGCACACAAGACCAAACUCGGCUCUCUUAAGAGCAUGUGCAGUGCAGCGUGUACGCAGGCAUGCUGGCAGUGCGAAGUGUGCGUGCAUCAAUACACAUGCACGUGUCCUGACAGCACCGUGCUGAGCACCGUGUGUGUACACGUCCACCUCAUCAGGAUACUGAUGCGUGACCCUCACCACGGGUCCAGCGCCCCUGCACCCGCCCCCUGCGAGCCUCCAGGACACCUUAAGGACUUCAGGAGCAAUGAGAAGAUAAAACUCGAGCUUAGGAGCAAGUGCGCUGCGCUCACUGCUUUACUCGCUAAAUGUGACCCCAACAACGGUCUUAAUGGUUGGAGCAGAGAGCGCUUGCUGAGAUGCGAUCACCUGCUGGACGAGGCGCUCACUACGCUGCAGGAUACCGAGGAGGCGGCACCUCUUCUGCUUCAGAAUGACAGCGUCCAGGUGCUCUACUCAUGCGAUGCCAACUCCAGCGACGUUUAUACGGCCUGUGGAGCUCAGACUGACAUUUAUUCAAAUGGCGACGUAGGAGCUGGCACUGAGGUGCAGUCAGUGCCUUUACAGACGGAUUAUUCAAAUCCUCAGGUGUUGGAAGACUCGGGUACUCAUGUUCUCGGUGAGGAGCUGAGCACCGUUGAGAGUUUACUGGUGCUGCACGAAGAGAACGGCCGGUACAGCCUCGUAGGUGGCGAGGCGGAGGAAUUAUUACAGGCGUCUGUGGCGAAGCCAGGACGUGGGCUUCUUUACCUGCAGCGUCCUGGGAGUGCGGCCCUCACUGACGCCGACUCGACGUCCGCCGACUUGUUGGGCGAAGAGCCGCCGGUGGCCGAGAAGACCUUGGUAUUGGAGGGCGUCUCGACUUGUGGCGAGUUAUUGAGUAAUUGCUAGCGAGUGGUGAUGUACAGCUGGUUUCGUACACCGAAUUCUACUUGUUUUUGAGAAGUUCUGAUCUUGUCGUGAGCUAAAUAGUUGAAUUAAGUUAUUGUUAGUACAACGUGUGGAGGAAUGAUUGGAAUUUAAACUGUUGAAGUGCUGCGAGUCUUAUUUUUUGAAUGGGAAGAAAACGCUUCUUGAAGAGGUUUAAGUUCUUCAAGUCCUUGUCCUGGAAGCGUUUGGGGUGGAUUUGAAAGCGUGUGCUUAACGUAAAUCGUAUGUCCGACGUCCGGGCUCUCACCCGCCGACGAGUCGAAUUUUUGUGUGCCGAAUGUUUUGCUCCUCUAGUAAGUUGCGUCCCAAGAGCUGACUAGCGAUUCUCAAAAACAUGAGGUAAUGGUAGGGUUCAUCUUAAUCGCCAAUUUGAUAUUUUCGUCUAUUUCGUUAAUUUGUGUUUGUAAUUCUAAUAAGAUUUACCAUCUGA